CACUCAUACAGAAAAACACACAGGAACAAAAAUACAUGACGCUAUCCGUUUCUAGCUGUGGUGACUGUGGUUGGUUGUGAUGGGCGAACGAUUGAAUUUUGUCGUAAAACGCGUGUUUCAAUCCACAUUUACGGUUCGGGAGCAACCGUAAGGGACAGCGGCCUGCUGCUGGAGGGCAUAAAACAUUCGCCUUCCCCCUCCCCACCCCCGCGAAAGCCGCCACACACACACGCCGCCCACCCCACUGCAACAGUGCCGAAGUGAUGCGCCGAGCCUGAAUGGGGGCCCCCCGUGUGUGUGUUUGCUCAAUACUUCGCCAAAUGUUUUCCAGCCGCACUGGCACGCUCAACUAUUUUUGGCAUUGAGUUUACGACCGUACAGUAUUUUGUUUUCCGCUGGCGAGUGAAGUAAUUUUUCCCACACCCCUGCACCGGGGUGACGGAUGAGAUCACAGCCUUUCCCGGGGAAGCUGUAUUGUGCGCUGUGUUUGGAAGCGAGCCACCAGGCCGAAGUAUAUUAGUCAUUUGCAUAUCGGUGGUGUACGGUAGUGGACGGGUCCCGAAGCACUCGCAGGUCGUGCAAGCUUACGUGAAAGAAACGCACAAAACCGCGUCCAGCCUUUACAAUCAAUCAGCGCAACCUUCAAGCAACCUACCUGCCAACCCGGAAGGCGCAAUGCAAACGACGCAUUAAUCGUGCGGCACCUCCAUAAACCCAGCACCAUGUCCAACACGGUCGAGGACGAUGCCGGCAUACAGGGGCAGAACGUGCUGGACCGGAUCAGCUCGCUGCUCAACGGUGGUUCGUCUGGUUCGUCGACGGGUGGUGGCGGGCCCGGUACAUCGGCCCCGGCCAGCACGCUCGUGCUGGAGGACAUCGCCCAGACGCGAACGGUGCACGAGGAGGAAAUACUGCUCAUCAACGGCAUACCGGUACGGUUGCCCGCGGAAAACUCCGACCACAGUACGGCGAGCGACGGGACGGACGAUGACGCCGUCUCGAUACGCGAUGCGCUGCGGGCGGGCGAAAUUCCUUCCAUCCUGGUAUUGAAUCGCAUUAUCGAGAAGCUGCACCGUAGCAGCCCCGGGCCGGGUAUGGUGGUGGCGGUCGAAACCUCCCUGACCGUGUCGAACUGUCGCAAAACGACGGAAAAGUGUGUGGUGCAACCGAUACCGACCGGGCGGAUCGGCGACCCGGUGGUGGACCCGUGGGAGGUGACGGAGGAACGGGUCGAGAAGCAGCUGUACAACAGCCGGACGGUCGAGAUGACGGAGGGCUACCGGGGGGUGGAUGGCAGUGUGCCGAGCCAGAAGCAUUGCUGGCCGAGCGGUAGCGUCGAUUCCGGCCAGUGGACCGAAACGGACGCACCGGAAGUGAAACCAACUGCGGAUCCACUCUACACCAAGGCGGACGAUCUGCUGUUACACUACACGGAAGGGAACCUUAUAUCGGGCUCGCUCGACGGUUUGCUGACCCACUUUACACCCACCGGCACGUACAUUCCGGACCGUUCGUUCAUCUUUACCUUCCUGCUUGCCGCCCGCCAGUUCCUACGCCCGGACGAGAUACUGGAGAAAACGCUCCGGUCGGCGGCCGCCAACGGUGGCACCGCCAAUCUGCCCCAUCUGCUAGCCGCCUGGAUGCACGAUUUUCCGUACGACUUCCGGGAUGAGCGUAUGAUGCGGCUGGUGCGCAGCUUUACCGAGCAGCAGUCGGCCACCCUACCGCACGAACCACCGGAACGGUCCGCCAAACCAACGCCAAACCGGGGUACGGUGCGCGAGCGUACCACCCUGUCCCGGGCCCUGCGCCGUCUUGCCCACCAGCUGGCCCGGCUGGAGAAGUACGAGCUGGAGAAGAGCAAUCUGCAGCAGCUAAAGUACGGUCCGGACGAGUGGAAAACGGCACCGUCGCUGGUCGAGCUGGCGAGCGGUUCGCCCGUCCUGAUGGCCAACACGCUCACCGCGAUCGAGGCGGAACGCUUCUCGUUCAUCGGACCGGAAGAGUUUUUUCCUUCGUCGUGCGGUGGGUCGGGUACCGGGUCCGGGUAUCGGACCGGCACCGGCAGCAAUCUGCUCGCGUACGUCCAGUGGUACAACCGGCUGACGUACGUGGUCGCGACGGACAUUUUGCGUUCGCCGCGCAAACGGCACCGGGCGCGGGCGGUCGAGUUUUGGAUCGAAACCGGCCGGGAAUGCUUCAACCGGGGCAACUUCAACAGUCUCAUGGCCAUCAUCGCUACCCUGACCGGCGGUCCGAUAGGGCGCUUAAAGAAAACGUGGACAAAGGUUACAUCGUCGUCGUCGUCGCUGCUGUCGGGCAUGACCUCGUCCAGCAUGAUCUCCAGCGCUAGCGGCAUCGGUAACAGCUCCUCCACGUGCAGCAGUGCGGCCGGCGGUGGCCGCCAACAACUUGCCAUUCUCGAACAUCAGGCCGACCCAACGAACAACUUCGCGACGUACCGGGCGACGCUACAGGCAGCGGCCUGGCGCAGCUGUCCGACCGCCCGGUCCCGGUCCUCCUCCACAUCCUCCUCGAAGUCAUCCCAGCAGAACUCGUCCUGCUCGUCGGACGAUGGGCAGGGCCCGACGAACGCGAAAAAGGGUUCGGCCGUCGCGGUGCUACCGUUCUUCAGCUUGCUGCUGAAAGAUUUACACUUCCUUAACGAAACCAGUGGUAGUUCGAUCCUCCCGAACGGGCACAUCAAUUUCGACAAAUGGCGCCAGCUAGGUGAACGGCUCUCGGAAGUGCGCCGCUGGCAGCGGCAGAGCAGCUAUCAACGCCGUUGCCGUCUGGGGCGCCGCCACAAAUCGGUCACCUCGGCCGAGGUGACCGCGCUGCGGGAUGCGAUCGAGCGGGGCGCCAUAAUCGGUGACCGGGAAACGAGCGAACGGCACGACACAUCGAAGGGUGGCACGGCCCACCGCGACCAGCCAGACUCGUCCGGCGGUGCGAACGAUGAUGGGGAGCGGGGUGCGGCCGCCCUCGCCAAGGUGAGCUACGAGCGGGAAGCGCCCGAAGGUGCGGUCGAAAAAGCGCACUGGAAAUCAUUGCAACAGUAUCAUGCUUGAAGGGAUUUAGCUAAGUUAGGGGGGGUAAGUUUCGGAACCGCUAACGGGGAAAGCAAAGAACAGUAUAGGCAGAGUAACGCAGUAAGUCAUUAUCUAUUUAUUUCGUUUAUGUGGCAGGUGUGUGUGCGUGCGUGUUUUUUUUAAAAGUAAUUAUUUAUGUAAUGAGAUGUAAUUUACGAGAGGGCAAAAUUAGGGUGGGUGUGUGUGUGUGUGUGUUUUUAUAUGAGUACGAUAUAUUGCAGCAAACAAGCAGGAGGCAAGAUAGCUACGCGAUCUGAAGUCACCUAAGUAUUGUGAUUUUACAGCUUUUUUUUUGUUGUUUUUUAAAAUCGUUUUGUGGUAUUUUAGGGAGGAUGAACGGGUGAGAAUCCGUUCAGUAAACGGGGGUUUGGAGAGUUAGUAUGUACAUUAAGGUAAUGCGUUUCUUCCCACACACACAUGCCCUUGAAUUCCCACUGACAUGCAACUUCAUCUCAUAAUGACAAGGCAAGCUAGGGCAGAUCACCACACACACACACACAACCACAUAACUGCAUUCCGAGACGUGUACUUGGUGCAUAUUGGUAGGAACCGCCUACGCAGGUAAUCUCACUAACACAAGCGUAUUUUGUGGCGCUCUUCACACGGCAGCACCGGAGUUCAAAUCCCAUCCCGCGACCACCUUCCCCUUGGUAGCUGAGGAUCAUUAAGUCUCUUCUUCUUCUUCUGUGGCACUACAACCUCGAGAGGUCUCGGCCUGCCAUUUCUGGCUUUCUGUGACUUAAUUUUACCCGUAGAAAAGUAGUCAGCCUUUCGUACGGGGAGGCGGUCUGGAUGGGAUUUGAACCCCGGCCCUGCCGUGUGAAGACCGGCGCCGCUGUCGCCUCGGGCACCGGACCGCCCAGAUCAUGAAGUCUAGUAAGCCAGCAAUGACAGGCAGGACCUGAGAGGUCGUUCAGCCAAGCAGAGCACGAUUCGCGGUAGCAUUUACUCCCGAUCGGUUAGCACCAACCCGGGAGGUCGGGUUAGGUCCUCCGUGUGUGUGGGUUUGUGUGUGUGUGUGUGUGUGUUUUUUUUUUGUUAGGAUAAAUUUACUUCCGAAUCAGUAUGCUAUUCAAUCUCAGUAGGAAUGGUGGUCGGCCGUACGCCGACUAGCAUCCGUACCCGCAGCUACGCAGCCAGUAAGAUGUACUUUUUGCCUUCGUGUUUUGUUUAUUCCGUCAUCUCGCCGCCGCCAUUUGUGCGGAUAUUUUUUUUUUUGGUUUAGUAGGGCUAGUUGGUACACAAGCUAGACGACAAACGGUUACAAAUGCGAUGCGCGUGCGGGAUGAUUGGGGUUGGUAUUAUAGAAUAGCACAAAACCAGGCAAUUUAUUAAGAUUUCACGUUUUUUCCCGAACAUGAAACAGCCACAUCUCCGUAACGAAAAACCGCCGGCAGUCUUUUAUACAGCGACAACACUAAUCAAAACGACAACAACAAAAAAAAACGAAAACUCUUGUAUCCCGGAUAUGUGUGUGCGUGUGUAGCUCAGUGAAAUGGAUGAAAGUCGAGGUAGAGUGAGAGACACAGAGAUAGGGAAAACAUCCCGCACAUACACAGCACAGGUGGUUGACAGGUUCGAUUUUUCAUAAUGACAUAAUCAUACAAUUAAUUUUCAAGCGAUUAAUUAUUCAUAUGUACUGGUGGAGUUCAAUAAAUAGACGACGGCUUAAAUUAUUAAUGAGA